CUGCAGGGCAUCGGCCGCACCGCCUCCGAUCCUCCGCAGGCCGCGCUCGUGUUCCCGUGCUCCGCCACGCCACCAGAGUGGGCAGCACCACUAAGACGCGGAUGAUCACGUAGCCGCAGCGCCCGCCGCCCGCCGCAUGCAGCCACAGCAGCCCCGACCCGGACGUCAAAAGCUUAGGGCGAGCGCUCCCCAUCGCACCGAUCAGCCGCCUGCACAGCGCGCUCCUAGCUGUACGUAUACGUACGUCCACAUGGCGGCGUCCACGCGCCGGAGGCACGGGGCGGCGGCGCCGGGGGAGUGGGCGGCGGUGUCCGGCGCGGGCGCGUGGCGCGUCGAGGAGGUCGGGAAGCACCAGCUGAUGCGGCGCACGGGGCUCCCCGCGCGCGACCUCCGCGCGCUCGACCCGGCGCUGCAGUUCUACUACCACCCGUGCAGCAUCGUGGGCCGGGACCGCGCCGUCGUUGUCAACCUGGAGCGCGCCCGCGCCGUCAUCACGGCCACCGAGGUGCUCGUCCCGGCGCCGCGGGACCCCGCCGUCGCGCCGCUAUUCCGCAGCCUCCGCGCGCGCCUGGUCGCCUCCUCGGCCCCAGCUGCCUCGCCCGCGUCCGCGCCGCCGCCGGAAGCCUUUGAGGAGGACGAGGCCGCGGAGGAUGGAGGCGGUGCACUGCCGCCGAGCCCCGGUGGAGUAGGAGGCGGCAAGGACGGGCAAGCGUCUGCACGCGACAAGCUCCCGCCGUUCGAGUUCAGGGCGCUCGAGGUGUGCCUCGAGUUCUCAUGCAAGUCACUUGAACAUGAGACUUGUACACUGGAGGAGGAGGCGUACCCAGCUUUAGACGAGCUCAGCUCCAACAUCAGCACUCUCACUCUGGAGCGUGUGAGGCAGAUAAAGAGCCGGUUGCUUGCCAUCUCGGGGAGAGUUCAGAAGGUCAGGGAUGAACUAGAACACUUGCUAGACGCUGACGUGGAUAUGGCCGCCAUGCACCUAUCCGACAAGCUAGCCGCUGAUGGCCAGUCAUCGAGAUGCAACACCAACAGCGAACCAAACGAAUUCGACGAAGAGAGGGACCGAGAAGCCGAAGCAGGCGACGCGAGCUCCGAGGGCGCCAAUGGCAGCGGGACUGGGACCUCCGUCGGCUUCACGCCCAAAAUCGACGAGCUGGAGAACCUUCUGGAAGCCUACUUCGUGCAGGCCGACGGCACCCUGAACAAGCUCUCCACUCUGCGCGAGUACGUGGACGACACGGAGGACUACAUCAACGUCAUGCUGGACGACAAGCAGAACCAGCUGCUGCAGGUGGGGAUCUUGCUGUCGACGGCCACGCUGGUGAUGAGCGUCGCCAUCGCGAUCACGGGCGUCUUCGGCAUGAACAUCACGAUCCCGCUCUACAAUGCUCCUACAGGAGUCUUCUGGCAGGUCACCGGCGGCCUCGUCGUUGCCACCGCCGCCGUCUACGUCGUCGCGCUGAUCUGCUACAAGAGGAGCGGUAUACUGCAGUGACAUGCGACUAUGCGAGGAAUAGACCAUAUCUUUUCUUUUCUUUUCUUUUCUUUGAUGUAUAUAUAUAAUAGAGAGAGAGAGGCACUGACUUGCCAUAAUGAGCCCAUAAAAGGUUUGAGGUACUGUGGCCGUGGCAAUCGUAGCAAGGCGUCAAAUCAACGUUUGUUUGUCAGAUUAACAGGAGACUGACUGUGUCUUAUCCCAACAUAUGUGUAUCUCGUAGCAAGGCGUCAAAUCAACGUUUGUUUGUCAGAUUAACAGGAGACUGACUGUGUUAUCCCAACA